AUGGCGGUGGAAAGUAUCCCGCCUGCUGGCAAGUCUGUCAUCAUAGACGAUGACUAUGAACAACGUGAAAAGCACAAUGAUCAUGAUGCUGCUGCAGAGACAGACGAAGAAGAAGAAGAAGAAGAAGAAGACGGAGAAGAGCACGAACAUGAAGACGAGGAAGACGGAGAAGGAGAGGAAGAAGACCACGACGACGAAGACGACGCAACGGCCAGCGACUCCAACUCCAACUACUCGUCCGCCUCGGAAGACGCCCUCCCGCCGAUCCACGAGUACGGCCACGUCUACCACGGCUCGGGCCGCAUGGUGACGCCCAACGACCCGUGCGAGAACCAACGCCAGGCCUACCAGCACGAGCUCUUCACGCUGUGCCUCGGCGGCGCCCUGACCUUUACCAAGCUGCCGCUGGAACACCUGAGCCCGGACAGUCCGCGCUUCCAUAUUCUUGAUGUUGGUUGUGGUGGUGGCCACUGGGGCAUGGAGAUGGCCCAGAGCAACCCGCUGGUCGACGUGCUGGGCAUCGAGCUGAGCAGCGCCAACCUACCCAAAGAAGUGCCGCCCAACCUAACCUUUGAGAUUGCCGAUGCCGCCGAGGACUGGCCGCCGCGCCUCUACGACUUUAUUCAUCUGCGCAACCUGGUGGGAGGCGGUAUUCGGGACUGGCGCCGCCUCAUUGUCCAGGCCUUUGACCACCUCAAGCCGGGGGGCCAGCUCGAGUUCACAGAGGUCACGCCGCUCUUCUUCGGCGUCGACCCGGACCCCACGUCCGAGUCGUCCGACGACGCCGACACCGACACCGACACCGACGCCGAGACGGACCAACAGCAGGCGGAGACGGAGCAGCGGCCCCGGGCGGCCCUCGGCGCGGCGACGAUCGAGUACGGCGCCGUGUUCGCCGAGAUUGCCGCCGCGCAGGGCAUCGACUUUGACCCUACGCCAAAGGUGAGGCCGUGGCUGCGCGAGCUGGGCGCCGAGAGCGUGCGCGAGCGGUCCGACUGGAUGCCGGUGCGGAACUGGGCUCGGGAUCCUGUGGUGAGGAAGAAGGGCGAGAUUCUAUACAAGAUGCUCGAGACGGGCUGUAACCAUUGGACGCUGAGAAUGUUUGGCCUCGCUGGCUGGGAGGAAGCAAAGACACGCGAACUGCUGGACAGGGUGAUGAAAGAAUAUGACGAUCCGUUCCUCAGGAGUUGCAUCAAAGUAACAUUUAUAUCGGCGAGAAAGCCCGGCGGCAAAAGUACCAAGACGAAGAACGUGGAAAAGACACAAUGA